CAGUCACUGAACACACGGUGGCGCUACUGCAGCAGAAAUCACAGACACGCUAAACAGACGCUAAACAUGCAUUCAGGAGUUAGUGUUGGGUAAUUAACUGUAUUAAUAUCCACACUAAAGUCUGACUAUAGCUGGACUAGCUGUAGCGUUAACUGACAACACAAUGAGAAGAUCCUCAGUUCAGUAUGGCGGUAAUACAGCAGUACAGCACUGUACAGUCCAUAUCUGCUGUGAAGCUGACACGAAUCCCGGUAAAUGUUGGUGUUUUACAGCUUUAUUAAUCAACUCGACCCUUCAUGUGUGUCAAUCAUCAUCAGUGCUCACUGUUGACACAAUACCGCCGCUGUUGGAGCUCUGCUGGCUGUUUAUUGACAGUGUGGGUGAGCUGAUAGUGUUCGCUGUAAACACUGUCCGGUUACUCAGAUGUUCCUGCGGGGAUCAGGACUGAAGCUCCUCCCAGACAAACUUCCUCAAACUCGGGCAGACCUCACACACACACUCACACACACACACACACACGGCCGAAUGACGAGCAGAUAAGAGUUAAACAGCGAGCUUUGCGGAUUCUCCCCCCGCUGGAUGAGGCUCGGGGGUCGGCAGGAUGUCCUGGACCGAGGCCUUCAGGAGCAUUUCCAGGUUAUUCUCCCGGAGUAGACCAGCGGACAGCGCGGACUCGGAGAGACAGGCUGAGGCUGAUGGAUCCACAUGUACCUGUAGUGUUCCUGAAGAUGGUGCAGAUCAAACACCUGGAAAAGCAGCAGCACAGUGUUCUGGCAGCACCGGAGGGCAUGAGGGUGUCUCCGCAGCCCCCCGCGCCCCCACAGCGCCCCCUGCGCACACACUCCCGCUCCAGACCAGCCGGACAGCGCACACACAUACUCUCAGCAGCACUGUGGAGCCGCCCGGGGGCCGGUCACAGCGCACACACACACAAUCUGCUGAAGAUGGAAGUGAAGCCAUAGACAUCAAUGCCAAAGAGCUGUUGGAGGAGAAGCGACGCUACGAUCUCUCCUGCCCCCCUGUGGUGACCUACGGCACGUACCGAGGCCUGAGGGAAGCAAGAAAACCAAAGAAGAAGCAUAGCAUCGAGCUUCAUUCCCCCAUAUGUGAAGGAGACGAGCCUGCACACCCCGAGCAGACCUGCUGUUUCACUGUAAACACCAUGAGCACGGACCUGCAGGAGAGUCCCAGUGUGCUAAACCAGAGCUCUCCUCCAUGGACACAGCAGAUGGAGGACGUGUUGUUGACUCAGGGGGUUUUACUAGCCCAGGAUCCCACUGUUGAAUCUCCAGCACUCCCUCAUCCCACAUACUCAAACUGGUCCAUUACCUGUGUAGAGAUGGAACCAGUCUACACACUCCCUCAAGCAGAACCAAGACCACCCAAACACCUGGUGUACACCCAACAGGAGCAUCUUGAUCUGAACGCUGCGCCAGAGACCCAAUCAAACACACAAUCAGCCUCCAACACACACCGUCCACACACCGCUCACACUCCAGAACCCGAGCAGAACAGUGCGGAGGUGUGUGUAGUUGCAGACAGGACUGAUGAUCGGCAGGAGUCUGAUCCCGAGCCAGUGGAGCGGCAGGCUGGGGUGGAGGAACAGCUCCUGCGGGAGGAGUCUAGACUGAUGGUGGACGGCAUCUUGGCCAGCGCUCUCUCCGCUCUGCAGGAGAUGGAGGAUUCAGAGCGAGGUGUCCUGCUGACCGUCGAGCUUACCUCAGAGUCAGGUCUGAUGGAGGAUAACAGAGCUGCAGAUGCAGAGCUGCAGUGCGGCGUGGAUCCAUCCGGCCGGACUGCGUCUGAUGUACUGGAGCCACCAGCAGGUGCUCUGGGAGACUGCAGCCGCUCCCUGCCUUCCUCCGGGUACGAGUCCAUCGCCGGCUCCGACUCCGACAUCAGGGGUUUUGUGUGCGCAGCAUCUGAAGUGUGUUCUGCUCCUGCUGCGGUCAGCUCCCAGAGCCAGAAUCCGGCCCGUGUUGAUUAUUCCUGUGAAGGGAAGAGUGCGGAUCCUGCUGAGAUCAGAUCAGUCCACAGCCCUGCCUCAUCAGAGGAGUCUCUCUUUCAGGAGAAGCAUGCGGCUGAUGUUUGCGUGUGUACAGACAGCAGUGUGAAUACGUCUCAGGAUACAGCCACGGAGCAUGUGUUGAGCAAUAACUGUGGACACUCUCCGCACGGUGCUGCAAUAUCAGCGGAUCAGGAGCGUCUUCAGCAAAGCCAAUCUCUCAGUGACAGCGACAGCCACAGCUUCACCUCUGAUUCAGGUGUGGUGUCAGAACUCAGAGCACCAGCCGUACACAGCCAUGAAUCCAUGGAGCCUGAAGCCCCUUAUUCAGGUGAGCAGGAGCUCUGUUACUCUCAGGCCGCAGCAGAUCUGAGUGUCCUGCUUUCUGGCACUGAACCCCAGUGUUCUGCAGUCCAGCCCGGGUCUCCGCCAUGGGUCUCGGUGCGAGCGGUCUGCUACAGCAUCACCGAUGACCAGAGCCCGAGUCCAGAGGAGCAUCUAAACCCUGCAGAUGCAGGAAUGUGUGUUUCAGCUCUGGAUUCCCUGAACGCCUCUAUCAGAUCUGCUGCUGUUCCUCUGUUUCUGGAUCCAGACCUGCAGCCGGACGGAGGCUUCUCCAUCAUCAGUGAGGAGGACGAGGGUGAUGUGGUGUUCGUCAAUGACCUGGGGGCUCUGCACAGUCCUAGUGCACGCCGGGCUAAAGCGUACCCCUUCUGCCUGUCCCCCAUAUAUGAGGAGGAGUGUGUGCGCGAGGAGGCCCCGGGCCCCCAGGAGCCCCAGGAGGAGCAGAGGAGCGUGGAGCAGCCGGCCGCCGCCAUACUCUCCCUCCUGCAGUCCGUCAGCGAGAAACUGCAGUCCAGCAUGGACAGAGGAUCAGGGGAGACCUGGAGGAUGGAGCACUGCACACGGAGCCCACAGGACCACCAGGAGGACGUGCGGGUACUGCUAAACCAUCAUAUCCACCAGGAGGACACGGAAGCGCUACUGAGUCACCAGCUCUGCCAGGAGGACACAGGAGCACCACUGAUCCUCCAGGUCCUCCCCGAGCCCAUCGCUGACCCGUCUGAUGAUCACAGCACAGACAGAGAGCAGCAGGAGCCGGAUGCAGAUGUUGGAAAGAGUGCCAACACACCCUUCUAUCAGUACAUGAAAUCUGGACUGAUGCCGUCUGCUGAUGACCACACCACAGCCGCUGUUCAUCCCAGCAUAGCCAACACAGGGGUCACGCGGGAGAACAGGGUGUUGGGGAAGAUCAACCCCAGACCUGCAGCAGUGCUGAUCUAUGAUGGAGGUGGUGAGAGGAGGAGGAUCUGCAGAGAUGUGGAGGACACCAGGACAGAGCUGACGGCUCGCGGAGCUACACUACACGCUCUGAGAGGAUGUUGGCUGCUGUAUGAGGACUGGUGUUACCAGGGCCUGUGUGUUCUCCUAGAGGAGGGUCAAAGUGUGAGGAUCAGCGCAGUAGUCCAGCAGGACCUGAAAGGGAGCAGGUGUGCCGGCAGGACUGAUGCGGUGGGACGUGUGGGCUCCGUUAGGACUCUGCUGAAGGAUGAGAGUGCUCCAGAUCUCCAUCUCCACCUCAGCUCGUCUCAGUGUCUCCGCCUGUGUUCCUCCGCUGAGCUGACGGAGCAGCAGGGCCCGGUGUGCCUCUCAGACAUCUGCGUACGCUCCGGAUGAUGGGUGGUGUUCUCCGCUGCAGGGUUCAGAGGUCAUCAGUGUGUGUUGGAGGAGGGUGACUACAGCGACUGCACUCGUCUGUUCAGCAGGACUGAUCUCUCCAUCCGCUCACUGCGCUUCCUCAACACCUCGGGCUCUGGGUUUGGUUCUGACCACUGAAGACCGCCGGAUGGAUCCUUACCGGCCAAACUACUGCUGCGCCCGGCAGAACGCUNCUCUACACACACAGCGCUGGAUACUGAGAGACGGCCUGCUGAAGAACACGAAGCAGAUGGGCUGUCUGUCUGUGAUCGGAGCGAAGGCCUGCGCCGGAGCCCCAGUUGCAUUAUGGGAAGAGCACGGACGCACCAACCAGCGCUGGAGCAUCACUGAGGACGGACACAUACACACACACCUGGACCACAGUCUGGUGCUGGACCUCACAGGUGAAGGCCAGCGGCUGGUGCUGAGUCCAGCUGAAGACCAGUGCAGCUCUCAGACCUGGGAUAUACACCUGCUCUGAGAACACACACACACCUGUCAGGACUGAGAUACGAGUAUUAAAGCGCACGUGUGAGCCAGAACAUGCUUUGGGGGUAUGUGUGUGUGUGUGUGUGUUUUUUGUUUUUAUCUAGUAAAUCUCGUUUGCACUACAGAAGCUGAGGUGUGUGUGUGUGUGUUCACAGCUGAAGUCUGCUAUAUUUCAGCCACACACACACACACACACAUCUGAACCACGAGGAUGAUGUGUACAGCAAUGUUCAUGAGCAGAAUGACAAUAAAUAUGAACUGUAAACACAC